AUGCGUUUCUCCGUCGUUGCCAUCGCCGCCCUUUUCCUCGCCUCGCACAUUUCCGCUGCAAGAACCGAGCCCACCCAGCUCCAAAUUGGAGUGAAGGCAAGGAACCCUAACCCCAACUGCGUCAAGUCCAAGGACGGCGAUUCGCUCUCAAUGGACUACACCGGAACCCUCUGGACCACCGGCGCCCAAUUCGACUCUUCUGUGGGUCGUGCUCCCUUUGACUUUACCCUCGGUUCCGGACAAGUUAUCAAGGGAUGGGACUUGGGAUUGCGUGGAAUGUGCGUGGGGGAGAAACGCAAGUUGGCGAUCCCCCCUCACUUGGCUUAUGGCGAGCGUAGCAUGGGCGCCUCCAUCCCCGCCAACUCAGCCCUCGUCUUUGAGGUCGAGCUCUUGAAGAUCAACGGACAGGGCAAGGACGAACUGUAA